AUGUCGUCUCCCUCGCCUGUCGCGCUCAUUACUGGCGGCACCGCCGGUCUCGGCGCCGCUACAGCCCGCCUCCUGGCCAAGGAUGGCAUGCGUGUCGCCGUCAACUAUCACUCUGAUUCCACCCGCGCCGCCAGCUUCGUGCAAGAGCUGCACGCCCUCUCGCCGCUACCUCAUGACGAGAACAACUUCUUGUCUUUCCGUGCCGACCUGGGAGUACGGGCAGACCUGGUGAAACUUGUGGACGAGGUCGUGAGCGCAAUGGGACGACUGGAUGCCGUUUUCUCUAAUGGAGGCUGGACUAAGAUCCGGGACAUAACUAAUUUGGAUGACAAUGUCAAUGAGGAGGACUGGGACCGAUGCUUCAACAUGAACGUCAAGUCUCACCUGUUCCUCAUGCAUGCUGCGAAAGAGCAUCUGGACAAGACAGAGGGCGUCUUCAUUACCACAGCAUCUUUCGCCGGCGUGAAAGUGAGCGGAAGCUCUCUGGCGUACGCCGUCACCAAGGCAGCGCAGAUUCACCUUGCCAAGGGUCUGGCACUGGCCGCGAGCCCGAGGAUCAGGGUUAAUAGCGUGUCUCCUGGACUCAUGCUAACGGAUUGGGGCCUUAGCUUUUCUGAAGAGAAGAUAAAGGAGAUGACAGAUCGGACGAAACUUGGGCGUCUGGUGACGGUUGACGAUGUUGCUCAGCAGGUUCUCUGCUUUAUCAAGUCUAAGACGGUCACGGGAGUCAAUGCGGUGCUUGAUGCUGGCAUGUCACUUUGA